AUUCCAAAUAACUACCAGACGCUAUGUUUAGACGAAGCUAUCUGACAAUGGAACUGUCGUCCAAAAUUAUUUCAUCCUUGAAGCGUCCAGAACUUGUGCAAACCCAAGCUUAUGUGAAUGGGAAUUGGGUAUCUAGUACGUCUGGGGAUUCCUUCGCGGUUAACAACCCAGCAUUGUAUCCUAAACUGGAAGCCAAAAUCGCUGAAGUAACAUCAAUGACUUUACAUGAUUUCAAUAAUGCAAUUGAAGCUGCUCAUCGUGCGUUUUCAACUUUCCAAAAGACUUCAGGAAGGUAUAGAGCUGGUUUGCUCCAUGAUUUAUACCAAUUAAUGAUGGAAAAUAAAGAUGAUCUUGCUAAAUUGGUGGUCCUCGAAAAUGGGAAACCUUAUGCUGAUGCCUUAGGUGAAGUUACUUAUGCUGCUUCAUUCUUCCAAUGGUAUAGUGAAGAGGCACCUCGAGUCUAUGGAGAUAUCAUUCCUUCUUCAAACUCCACAAAUCGAAUCCUUGCCAUAAAGCAACCAAUAGGAGUAUGUGGAAUCAUGACCCCCUGGAAUUUCCCCCUUGCUAUGAUUACCAGGAAGCUUGGUGCGGCAAUUGCUGCUGGAUGUACUUCUGUGAUUAAACCAGCUUCGGAAACUCCCUUAUCCGCCACGGCAUUGGGGUAUUUGUCUCAAUUGGCAAAAAUCCCUCCUGGGGUCGUGAACAUUCUUCCUGCUGCUGAGUCUUCCUCGGUGGGGAAACUCAUCACUGAACAUCCAUUAGUCCUGAAAGUCUCAUUUACUGGGUCUACAGCAGUAGGGAAAAUCCUUAUGAAACAAUCUGCGUCAACUUUAAAGAAACUCUCGAUGGAAUUAGGUGGUAAUGCACCAUUAAUUGUAUUUAACGAUGCUGAUAUAGACAAGGCAGUUACUGGUGCCAUAGCCUCAAAAUUUAGAUCUAGUGGACAAACGUGUGUUUGUGCCAACAGAUUAUUUGUGCAUGAAGAUGUAUAUGAGGAAUUCAGCAACAAGCUUGUGGCUAAGUUAGAAGAAACUACCACCUUGGGUAAUGGGUUUUCUCCUGAUGUCACUCAUGGCCCUGUGAUUCAUGAUAGGUCAAUGAAGAAAGUCAGACAACAUAUUGAAGAUGCAGUCUCCAAAGGCGCCAAAGUUUUGUAUGGUGGAUCCACCCGUCCUGAUCUUGGUGAAAAUUUUCAUGAAUUGACAGUCUUGGGCAAUGUAACCACAGACAUGUUGAUUGCUCAAGAAGAAACAUUUGGUCCAGUGGCACCAUUGAUCAAAUUCUCUACCGAUGAAGAAGUUAUUCAAUUAGCUAAUGAUACUCGGGUUGGUUUGGCUGGUUACUUCUAUGCCAAUGAUGUAACUAGGAUAUUCAAAGUGGCUGAAUCAUUGAAAGUUGGGAUGAUUGGUGUCAAUACCGGAGCAAUAUCAGAAGCUUCGUUGCCUUUCGGAGGUGUUUCUGAAUCUGGUUUUGGAAGAGAAGGUUCUAAGUAUGGGAUUGAUGAUUAUUUGAUUACAAAGAGUGUUGUUCUCGGAGGAAUAGAUUAAAUAGUGCAAUCUACUAUUUUUUAUUCACUUAUGAUAUGUAGAAAGGAAGUCAGAAGGUUUUUGUACUUCGUACAUCUAAUUCUAUUUUUUUUUAUUUUUUGCAACUCUAAAAAGCGAUUAAUCAUAGUUGUAUAUAGUAUUAGGUAGUAUAACCAAGUCUAGCAUAAUACUUGUGG